UGCGUGAGUGUUUGUACGAUGGUCGAUUGGGAUAAUGUGUGGCAGUUUGUGCUAGCGGUCGUACGGUUGGGGCGCGGUGUCAUCCUCUUUGUCGUGCACCAUCUGAACGUGCGUCUGUUCCCACCGCGUGACUGUCCGCUCGUUACGGUACGGCAGGGUCAACUGCUCGGCGUUAAGGCACAGCUCCCAAAUGGCGCUCGUUACUACCACUUCAAGGGUGUACCGUACGCGGAAGCACCGGUCGGGAAGCUGCGGUUUAAAGCGCCCGUUCCUUUGGAACGAUUCCGCCGACCGGUGCUGAAAUGCUACGUCGAACGAAGCGACUACAUACAGCUCGAUUUUUUCUCGGGCUUUGUGUUUGGUUCGGAAAGUGGACUUUAUCUGAAUGUCUACACACCGCAACUUCCGGCGGAUCGGGAAGCGAACGCACGCGAAACGAAAGGGCUUCCCGUGAUGGUAUUUCUUCAUGGUGGAGGUUUCGCUUGUGGCAGUGGUAGCAGUCUAUUCUACAAUCCGGAAUACUUCUUACAACGUGGAGUGCUCGUAGUUACCGUAAACUAUCGGUUGGGGCCGUUUGGAUUCCUCUACCUCCCCGAAGCCGGUGUCGAGGGAAACGCUGGCCUUAAAGAUCAGCUACUGGCACUGAGGUGGAUUAAUGAAAACAUUGCCAGCUUCGGUGGCGACCAAUCCAACGUGACGCUGUUCGGUGAAAGUGCUGGCAGCUUCUCGGCCUAUCUGCACAUGCUCUCGCCCAAUUCCAGGAAAUAUUUUCACCGCGUUAUCUGCCAGAGUGGUGUCGUCUGCUCGAGCUCGUUUAUGCAGGCGAAGCCGCUCGAGAUGGCCUUCAAUCUGGCGCGCCAUUUUGGGUACAGUGGAACGAGUCAGCAGGGUGCGCUAGAAACUCUACAGCGAGUGCCAGCAAAAAAGCUAGCCGCCAAACAGCAGAAAGCUCUCGGACAUUUGGCCGAAAAACAGGCCGAUCUCGUGUUCAUCUUUCUUCCAGUGAUCGAGCAAACGCUAACAGACACCUCGAUCAUCACACAAACCCCCGAGGAGCUCCUCAAAUCGUACGACACACUCCGAAUGCCACUGCUCGAGGGUUGUAACGAUUCGGAAGGUAUACUGGGACUGUACAUCAUACGGCGCAAAACGCGUCAAGAAGAUAUGCACCACAUACCGGCCCGUAUGACGGCGAGACUAUUUCACCAUCUAACACCAACCGAACGAACCGAAGUAACGAACAAGGUAUUCAAGUUUUACUUCGCCGAUGAACCACCAGCAACGUGGCCCACCGAUCAGCUGAAGCAUCUGCUGACGGAUGUGAUCUUCAUGAAGGAUUCCGCGAUCAACGCCGAAUGGUUGGCCAAGUAUCAGCCAAACCUACGCCACUACCAUUACCGGUUUACGUACGAUGGGCGGUUUAGUUUGCUAAAGCGGCUGUUCCUCAGUGCGAACGUGACGGGCGCAUGCCACGGUGAUGAUUUGCUGUACAUGUUCAACCCAAAGCUGUUGCCCAACGUUUCACAAUCAAGUGACGAAUGUCGCGUACGAGACAACUUCAUCGCACUGUGGACCAGUUUCGCCAAGCACGGCGAUCCGUCGGCCGAUUCACGCGAUGUAGUCGAUGUGCAGUGGCGUCCGGUGAAGAAAAUACCUCGAGACGGUUCGGUCGACUUUCGGCUCGACUGUCUCGAGAUUAAUGUGAAACCGACGAUGGUGACCGAUCCAGCCCGGGAACGAGCCCGCUUUUGGCACGAUUUGUUCGAAACGCAUCGAAAAGGAUACCUUUGA